UUCCCGCCAAAUUACAAAUCAAGAAGGCUCAGCUACAUAAUUUUACGUAGUGAAACUGCAAAGUUGCUUAUCACGUAUGCAACACUCAGCAGUGAGGUGCAUGUGUCUACAGUAUGGAACUUCAAGACCAUCCUCUCUACGGUAAAAGGAAGAAACGAAAGCCAGUCUGUGCUAAUCCAUUAUUUUUACAAUGGCUUACUGAAUGGAGAGAGGAGGCCGCAGAAAAAGGCUGGAAAACACAGUAUGUGUAUGGCAAGGCAAUCAAGUCUUUGAAGAAUUAUCCUCUACCUCUGGCUACAGGAAAGGACUGCAAGAUGUUGGAACAUUUUGGCGAUAAAACAUGCAAGUUGAUUGAUGAAAAGUUAGCCGAACAUAUAGAACUGCAUGGGUGUGUUGUACCCCCAGACCCUGUGGAGGUCCCAAAAAAGGCUCCAUCAAAACAAAAGAAGACUAAGCAGUCUAUGUCGGAGAACUCCACACGUCCAGUCGAUGACGUUUCUAGACCCAGACAUGGUCUCACUGUGGCUGCUGCAGGAUCUGUUAACCUGACAGAUGAUGAUGUUGAUUUGACUGUGACGCCACCUCCAAAGAGGCACGCCCGUCCCCGCAGUAAGAGUGGAGAACAAGAGUACGUUCCAGCUUACCGAUCAGGAGCUUAUGGACUCCUGCUGGCGCUGUACAGGAACACACAGGACCCUGGGAGCAGAGGAUACAUGUCAAAAGUAGAACUCGUCGGGAAGGCUCAACCUCUGUCCGACAAAUCUUUUACAAUUCCAGAUGCAGGUUGUCGGUACACAUCUUGGUCCUCCAUGGGCACUCUCAUCAAAAAGGCUCUCAUCAUCAAGGAAAGCAAUCCAGCAAAGUACAGUAUCACUGAUGCUGGAUGUGAACUGGCACACAGAUUGGAGAUGGCAGGAACAGAUGGUCACGUCGCCACUACAGGAAACCUGACACAAGCUGGUGUUCCUACAGACAGGUUAUCAUUGGACAGUCCUAGGAGGCUCACUGACCAGCACACCAGGCAUGAUACAGGUGUAAGAUCUGGCCUGGAGUUUGUGUAUAUUGAUGAAGCUGGUGGACCAGUUCAGACAAAGGAUAAAGCACAAGUCCUCAUUGAUGAGGACUUUGGAAUUGGGUUUUUAGUACACUGUGAUUACCAUGGAUUACUCACAAGUGGGAAACAUUAUAAGCUGGACAUGAGCAGACCUAUGGGUGACAAAGUGUAUGCUCAUCUCCAUGACAAUGAUGCCCCAGAAAGGGCGGUGGAAUGUGCUCCCCCUCCCAGGCUGCCUUCCUUUAACUUGUCUGAUGAUGAAGAUAGAGGAAAUGACAACUGUUUGGUAUCUCAUCGUCUGGGACCUCAAAGUUUACCCUCGUUUGAUGAUGAGCCUAUGACAAGACAGGCUGUACCAAUUGUUACCAACGGAUAUCCUAGCAAGUCUUCUGUCUCCACUACAGUUACCACAGAUUCCAGCAAUAGAAAGAAAGUAAAACCGAAGCCAAGAAGUAAACCCAACAAGCCUUUGUCUGUGAAACUGUCUGCAGCUGCAUCCCAGCCGUAUCUACCGAGCCUCAUUGAUAAACUGCCCACCUGUCCACCGCCCAGCUCCAUGGAAACACUAGCCAGCUCUCAGGAGUCCCAGGAGUCCAUUCGCAGUAUCAGCUCUAUGUCCUCUGCGGCCAGUUUACCGAGACCAGAUUUUGUCCUCACCCCAGGAAACUUUGACAUCAUUCUCUGUAUAGAUAAUCAGGAGUUCUAUGGUUCAGGAAAAAAUGGAAGUAAGACCUUACUGCCAGAUCUGAUGAAGAACGGGGUGAACUGUGACCUGAGGAAACUUCAAGUAGGAGAUCUUCUCUGGGUGGCAAGGGAGAAGACAGAUCCUGUUCUAGGGGGAGUGAACCAAGGAAAGGGGAGAGAACUUGUCCUGGACUAUGUGGUGGAGAGGAAGCGGAUGGAUGACCUGGUUCACAGCUGUAUAGAUGGCAGACUUCCAGACCAGAAGUUCCGACUGAAACAUUGUGGAAUCAAUAAUGCCAUAUUUCUGAUAGAGAUGUAUGGCUCCAUGCAGCAUUUCAGUAUAGCUGAGGACAGGAUAAAACAGACUAUUACAAACUUACAGGUCAGUAUAGCUGAGGACAGGAUAAAACAGACUAUUACAAACUUACAGGUCAGUAUAGCUGAGGACAGGAUAAAACAGACUAUUACAAACUUACAGGUCAGUAUAGCUGAGGACAGGAUAAAACAGACUAUUACAAACUUACAGGUCAGUAUAGCUGAGGACAGGAUAAAACAGACUAUUACAAACUUACAGGUCAGUAUAGCUGAGGACAGGAUAAAACAGACUAUUACAAACUUACAGGUCAGUAUAGCUGAGGACAGGAUAAAACAGACUAUUACAAACUUACAGGUCAGUAUAGCUGAGGACAGGAUAAAACAGACUAUUACAAACUUACAGGUCAGUAUAGCUGAGGACAGGAUAAAACAGACUAUUACAAACUUACAGGUCAGUAUAGCUGAGGACAGGAUAAAACAGACUAUUACAAACUUACAGGUCAGUAUAGCUGAGGACAGGAUAAAACAGACUAUUACAAACUUACAGGUCAGUAUAGCUGAGGACAGGAUAAAACAGACUAUUACAAACUUACAGGUCAGUAUAGCUGAGGACAGGAUAACACAGACUAUUACAAACUUACAGAUUAUUGAUGGAUUCCAAAUAAAGCGGACAGGAAACACAAAAGAGUCUGUGGUGUAUCUCGCUACGAUGACGCGUUACAUCCACAGUUACUACAGGAACAAAACUCUGUAUGCUACCAGUCCAGAUGACCUUCAAGGCAAAGGUCACAUCAAUGAUGCAGAACAAAGACUUCUGACGUUUGACCAGUUUAAUCAGGGCUCUGUUAAAUCUAAGGCACUGACUGUCAGAGAAAUGUUUGGGAAGCAGUUAAUUCAGCUGAAUGGAAUGUCUGCAGAAAAAGCUAAAGCUGUCACAGACAAGUAUCACACCCCAUCUCUUAUCCUAGAGGCCUAUGAUAACUGUGUCAGUGUUAAGGACAAGGAAAAUCUGCUGAGUAACAUCAAGUCUGGAAAGGCCAUGAGAAAUCUCGGACAAAAUUUGAGCAAACAGAUAUACCAGUUGUAUUGUACUAAGCAAGCUCUCACCUGACAGUAAAGUAGGACCAGCCUUCUAGACUUUUGAUGAAAAGUCUGUCCGUGUCUUAAACAGUAAAGACACCUACACUGGACACAUCAAAUAGGGCUGUACUCCUGCCUUAUACAGUGAACACAUCUACACUGGACACAUAAAAUAGGGCUGUACCCUGCCUUAUCCAGUAAAGACACCUACCCUGGACACAUCAAAUAGGGCUGUACUCCUGCCUUAUACAGUGAACAGAUCUACACUGGACACAUCAAAUAGCGCUGUACCCUGCCUUAUACAGUAA